UCCGCGCAGACAAAGGAAGGAGGUUUCCGAGCAGUGGGAGGUAAUUAUCUUCCAGCCCAGACAACGGAAAAGUUACAGCUUCAAACACUGCCACAUCACACACCACUGUUACUGCACUCCAACAUGCAUUUAGAAGUUUUGCUGCUGUUGUUUCUGUCCUGGACGAAAAGUUGUUGGUGCGCCCCGCAGCAGACGUGCCAUCCAGGAGACGAGCUUUUAGGAAGAUGCAGCAGCAACGCGUUGGGAGACAAACCCACCUGUACCGAGCUGAACCUGGGCUACUGUAAUGAUAUGGAGUACUCCAGGACGAUAUUCCCCAACAUCCUCGGCCACCGGAGUCGUGUGGAUGCAGAGUCGGGGGCAGAGUACCUCCUCCUGAGUGUCAUCCACGGCCUGCUGAACGGGGAGUGCUCCCCUGAGAUUCGCCUGUUAGGCUGCUCGGUGCUGGCCUCGCCCUGCAAGGACGACAAGAUGAUCAAACCCUGCCGCAGCACCUGUGACACGCUGAGGAGGGACUGCGCCCACGCCUUUGAAGCCAUCGAGAUGGCCUGGCCCUACUUCCUAGAUUGUGACCGCUUCUUUGCCAGCGACCGGGAGGGUUGCUUCGACCCUCUGGCAGGGCUGAAAGCCAGACAGGAGGUAGAAAUGUCCAGCCUCUCUCCUGAAGAGCCCAGCACCAUCAUCCAGUUCACCUACACCACCAACUCCCAGAUGUACAGCUUGCUGAAGAGAACGGCAGCCAAGUGCUCCCACAUCUCUCAUGUCUACAGUAUUGGACGCAGCACGGAGGGCAGGGAUCUGCUGGUGAUUGAGUUCAGCAGCAACCCAGGACAGCACGAGCUCUUGGAGCCAGAGAUCAAACUGGUUGCCAACAUGCAUGGCAACGAGGUGCUGGGCCGCCAGCUGCUCAUAUACCUGGCCCAGUAUCUGUGUUCAGAGUACAUUCUGGGGAACCAACGCAUUCAGACCAUCAUCAACACCACCCGCAUCCACAUGCUGGCCUCCAUGAAUCCAGACGGCUAUGAGCUGGCCGCCUCAGAGGUAGAGGAUAACAAUGACCCGGAGCUCAGCAACCAGGAAGGUCACUUGUUGAACGGUUGGACCAACGGACGGACCAACGCCCAGAAUCUUGACCUCAACCGCAAUUUUCCCGACCUCACCUCCAUGUUCUACAGGAACCGCCGCAGCCGCCACUACCGCAUUGACCACGUCCCAAUCCCCGAUGCCUACUGGUUUGGCAAGGUGGCGCCAGAGACCUAUGCAGUGAUGAAGUGGAUCAGGUCUCUGCCCUUCGUUCAGUCUGCCAGCCUCCACGGGGGGGAUCUGGUGGUCUCCUACCCCUUCGACUUCUCCAGACACCCACACGAAGAGAGGAUGUUCUCUCCCACUCCAGAUGAACAGGUGAUGAAGCAGCUGGCUCGUACCUACGCAGACGCCCAUGAAACCAUGUCAAACAACGACACAGAGCGGUGUGGGGCCAACUUUUACCGGACAAGGGGCAUCAUCAAUGGGGCGCUGUGGUACAGCUUUGCUGGUGGUAUGUCAGACUUCAACUACUUGCACACUAACUGUCUGGAGAUCACUGUGGAGCUCGGCUGUGACAAAUUCCCUGCAGAGGUCGAGCUUUACCCAGAGUGGAAGAGGAAUAAGGAAGCUCUGCUCAGUUUUAUGGAGUCUGUCCAUCGAGGGAUAAAGGGAGUCGUUACAGAUGGUCAUGGAAAUGGGAUAAAAGGUGCAACUAUCUCUGUCAGGGGGAUUAGGAAAGAUGUCACCACAGCUGAAGAUGGAGACUACUGGCGGCUGCUGAACCCCGGUACUCACAUCCUGACAGCCACAGCCAAAGGCUACUCCAGGGUCAGUAAGAGGGUCUAUCUGCCUCACAGCAUGAACAAGGCUGGACGCGUCGACUUUGUCCUGGCGAAGGUUCCCAUAGAGCCUGAUAUCGACGACCACCUCUUCCCCACAGUAGACACAUGGGACCGAUUCGACCCAUACAACCAGUUUGAGCGCUACAGCGAUGUAAGAGAGAGAGGCAUAGAACGGGAGGAAAAACCAUGGUGGUGGACCUACUUCUCCCAGUCUGGCAUCUCACCUCCAAACUGGCUGCUGCGGAGUGUCUAGACGCAUUAGAGGGCAAUAAAGAUCCCAGCAUAUCACUGCAAGACUGGUGAUGGAUGGUCCCACAAUCCGGUCCCACUGGUGCUCUCACAGAGGCGUCUGUGUAGCAGGAGCUGUGAUACUAAAAUCAGCAGUGCCUAAAUAGGUUUCAGUGCUUCCUGGAAGGAUGUGAAUUUUUUUUUUUUCUUCCACCAGGCAACCAAUUUGAUUCUGGCCUGUAAGCGGAGUUUGGGCCAAUAUUGCUUUGCAGCUGCAUUUGACUUGUUUUAAGUAAAAAGGAAAAUAUCACUGGGAAAUAAAGGAUUUAUGGAUGCCUCAAUUGUCCAACUUUUAAAGAUGUUCACAGUGAAAAAUAAUUGUAUGCACUUAUUUGAAUAUUGUGAUUGCAAAUUACAAUUUCACAUGUGAUGGCAGCUGCAUAAAACGUCUUUGCACAUUUUUAAGAAUUGAGUUGGGUACAAAUUUUAUGCAGAUUUGACAGUGUUUUAUCAUUACAUUCCACAGGUUAUUUCAUUGUAUGUUUUAGAAAAGUCUUUUAACAUUAUACACGGCAUAAGUGCAACAGUCAAAAUUUGCUGGACCUGUAACAGCACUGCAUAUUGCGCACCACAUUUUAAGCUUGGAGUAGCAGCAAUACUGUGCCAAUUGUGAACAACAGAAAUAUCUUGCUUUGUUUGUUUUUUCACAAGCAUAAAAAAUAAAUAUGAAA